AUGCAUGAUAUCUUUUCUUUACCAAGUUAUAUCUGGGUUUCUUAUCGAAAAUCUCUUAGCAAUGAAUCAAAAAUGAAACUUGAUGAGCUAAAAGCUUCUGAGUUCACAGCCCAUUCAUUUGUAGCUAUUCUUGAUGAAGUCAAUAUUAUUAUACAUCAAAUAUCUAGCGAUAUAAAUGCACGAGAAUCUGAAAAUGCAAUAUGUAUUGUAUUAAGAUCUGUGAGAUACAUUUUGGCUAUAGAUGCUUUCGCAAAUACAUUAAUACUAACUUUUCUCCAGGUUUAUCGUGAUAAAAAUAUUCAUAUAGUCGAUAAUAAAUACCAGCCUCAUAUAGGCAAGACAGUUGAGUUUAUUUAUGAUCCAAAUAGUGGAGCUGAAGUUAUGCAAAUAAGAUAUGAUCUUUUGAAACAAGGCAAAUGCAUAGUAUUCGUAUCUACUGGAGCACUUGACUGCAUAGCCUAUACAAAUACCAUAGAGGCUGGAAUAUCAUUCGAAGUUACAGGCCACUUUGAUAUAGUUAUAGCUAUUAUAAAUAUUGUCACUCCAGUUCAUGUUGAGACUCUUACACAAAUGCUUUACCGAAUUCAUGAUUAUCCUUAUUGCAUUAUUUCUAUAUUUUAUCAGAAAAAUUCUAAUGAACUUUUUUGUCUACCAGGUCAUGAAAAUAUUCAGGCAGAACUUGCAAAUGCUUAG